GGAGCGGAAGUGUCUUAAAAAGAGCUCACUGCACUGACGGCCCGCACACACAAGCUAGAGGGCGAGAAAGUAUACACACGAAAUGAUCUGGACUGUUUUCCUGCUGGUUCAUGUUGUACUUCUUUAUUUCCUGCUAACACUCAGAUCCAGGUCCCAGGGUGAACCACCUUUAGACAAAGGCGCUAUCCCAUGGCUGGGACAUGCACUUGAAUUCGGAAAAGAUGCUGCGAAAUUCUUAAGACAAAUGAAGCUGAAGCAUGGCGAUAUCUUCACUGUGCGUGUUGCCGGGUGCUAUGUCACAGUGCUGCUGGACCCUCACUCGUACGACUGUGUGAUAAACGACAGCGACUCACUGGACUUUCAGCGCUAUGCCGAGGUGCUCAUGGAGAGAAUCUUCAAGCUCCGCCUCCCACAUCAUCAUCAACCCGCUCGGACAAAAGCGCUGAUGAAACAGCAUUUCCUGGGAAUGAACUUGGCCAGCCUAAACGUUACUAUGAGCAGACACCUUGAGGCUUUGCUGAAAACAGAGAUGUCUCCGAACCAGAAAUACUGGAACGAAAGGGGACUGUUUGACUUCUCGUAUGGCGUUCUUUUCAAGGCGGGUUACCUGACGCUCUUUGGAUCAGAACAGAACAACAACUGUGCCGAUCCUUCCUGCGUCUACGAAGAGUACCGCAAGUUUGACAACCUCCUAACUAAGCUGGCAAGAGGCACCUUGAAACCAGAGGAGAGGAAGACAGCCCAAAAUGUCCGUUACAAGCUGUGGGAACUUUUGACCCCAGUGGGUCAAACGGACAACUCUAGCUCAAUGACGUGGCUUAACGGCUACAGGCAACUUCUGCAGCAGGAGGGAGCAGACGAAGAGAUGCAGAGGAGGGCCGUACUGAUGCAACUUUGGGCCACGCAGGGUAACGUCGGCCCUGCUGCCUUUUGGCUUUUAGGAUUCUUGCUGACAAAUCUUGAAGCGCUGAGUGCAGUGCGGAGGGAGUUCAAGCAGAUUUCACAAAUGGAAACGUCAGAAGCUUCGCUGCUUGGCACUCCUGGAAACACUCCUGUCUUUGACAGUGCCUUGGAAGAAACGCUUAGACUCACCGCUGCCCCCUUUAUCACCAGAGAAGUAUUGCAGGGUAAGACCAUUCAAAUGGCUAACGGACAAGAGUACCAACUGCGAAAAGGAGACCGUGUGUGCUUGUUCCCGUACAUUAGCCCUCAGAUGGACCCUGAGAUCUACCCUGAACCGCAGAAGUUCCAGUUUGACCGCUUUCUGAAUGCAGAUGGAUCCUCUAGAAGGGAUUUUUACAAAGGAGGCAGCCAACUGAAAUAUUACACCAUGCCAUGGGGAGCAGGGACCAAUGGCUGCGUGGGAAAGCAGUUUGCCAUCAAUACCAUCAGACGGUUUGUUUACCUGGUGUUAAAUAUGGAUUUGGAAUUAUGUGACCUAAACGCCAAGAUGCCAGAGAUAAACGCCAGUCGUUAUGGUUUUGGGAUGCUGCAACCACAGGGAGACUUGUUGGUGCGCUUUAAAACCAGGACGACGCAAUGAAUCUUCACAAAAAAAGAUAUAUUUAUAUGAUACAGUCAUGUACGGUAGUGCCUGAUCUUUUAAUAUUUUAUAUUUAUAUUGUGUGCUAAUUAUUUUUGUUAUUUAAGAAUAAAUCAGUUGAAUAAAUGAA